GUGGGUGAACCUGCGCUACGGGCUCUUCACCGACACGGGGGAGGCUGGUUUGUUUUGUGCAUUUGUUUAAGGCAAAGAGAGAGAGAGGUCUUCCACCCGCUGAAGCACAGUUCACUAUGAUCGUACUCGCAUCCAGCACUGGAAGCCGGUUGGAUUUCGUGUCUCAAUCCAGGGUGUUUUUCUUGCAAACCUUCAUUUGGAUUUUAUGUGCUACAGUGUGCAAAGCGGAGCAGUAUUUCAAUGUGGAGGUAUGGUUACAAAAGUAUGGCUACCUUCCACCAACUGACCCCCGAAUGUCGGUGUUGCGCUCUGCAGAAACCAUGCAAUCAGCUAUAGCUGCCAUGCAGCAGUUCUAUGGCAUUAAUAUGACAGGAAAAGUGGACAGGAACACAAUUGACUGGAUGAAGAAACCUCGAUGUGGUGUGCCUGACCAAACAAGAGGUAGCUCCAAAUUCAACAUUCGUCGAAAACGCUACGCGUUAACAGGACAGAAAUGGCAACACAAACAUAUCACUUACAGCAUAAAGAACGUCACUCCAAAAGUAGGUGAUGCUGAAACUCGUAAAGCCAUUCGCCGUGCCUUCGAUGUGUGGCAGAAUGUAACUCCUCUAACAUUUGAAGAAGUUCCUUACAUUGAAUUAGAAAAUGGCAAGAGAGAUGUGGAUAUUACAAUCAUUUUUGCAUCAGGUUUUCAUGGAGACAGUUCUCCCUUUGAUGGGGAGGGAGGAUUUUUAGCUCAUGCAUAUUUUCCUGGCCCAGGAAUUGGGGGAGACACUCAUUUUGACUCAGAUGAGCCAUGGACUUUGGGAAAUCCCAAUCAUGAUGGAAACGAUCUCUUUCUAGUUGCAGUGCAUGAACUCGGACAUGCUCUGGGCUUGGAGCACUCUAAUGAUCCCACUGCAAUCAUGGCUCCAUUUUACCAGUAUAUGGAAACUGACAACUUCAAACUACCUAAUGACGAUUUACAGGGCAUCCAGAAGAUAUACGGUCCACCUGACAGGAUACCACCACCAACAAGACCUCUGCCAACAGUACCCCCACAUCGUUCAGUCCCUCCAGCAGACCCACGAAAGAAUGACAGGCAACCUAAACCUCCCAGGCCACCCACUGGUGACAAACCUUCGUAUCCUGGAGCCAAGCCUAACAUCUGUGAUGGGAACUUCAACACUCUGGCUAUUCUUCGCCGGGAAAUGUUUGUUUUUAAGGAUCAGUGGUUUUGGCGAGUCAGAAACAACAGGGUGAUGGAUGGAUACCCCAUGCAGAUUACCUACUUCUGGAGGGGACUGCCUCCCAGCAUUGAUGCAGUUUAUGAAAACAGCGAGGGGAAUUUUGUCUUCUUUAAAGGUAACAAGUUCUGGGUUUUCAAGGACACUACUCUCCAGCCAGGCUAUCCUCAUGAUUUGAUAACACUUGGAAGUGGAAUUCCUUCCCAUGGCAUUGAUUCAGCAAUUUGGUGGGAAGAUGUUGGAAAAACCUACUUCUUCAAAGGAGAUAGGUACUGGAGGUACAGUGAAGAAAUGAGAUCCAUGGACCCUGGUUAUCCCAAACCAAUCACAAUUUGGAAAGGUAUCCCGGAAUCUCCUCAGGGAGCCUUUGUCCACAAAGAAAAUGGCUUCACAUAUUUCUACAAAGGAAAAGAGUACUGGAAAUUCAAUAACCAGAUGCUCAGGGUGGAACCUGGCUAUCCCAGAUCCAUCCUCAAGGAUUUUAUGGGUUGUGAUGGACCAACAGACCGAGAUAAAGACCGACACAGCCCUCAAGAUGAUGUUGACAUUGUCAUCAAACUGGACAACACAGCCAGCACUGUGAAAGCCAUAGCCAUCGUCAUUCCCUGCAUCCUGGCCUUGUGCCUCCUUGUCUUGGUUUACACUGUGUUCCAGUUCAAAAGGAAAGGAACACCCCGCCACAUACUGUACUGCAAACGCUCUAUGCAAGAGUGGGUGUGAUAUAGGGUUUUGGUUUUUUCUUUUUCCCUCCCAGGAGUUUGUGGUAACUUGAGAUUCAACACAAGAGCUGUUAUGCAGUUUCCUAGCUAGGAGCGGGCAUCUGUCAGUCUGAAACAAAGCUGAUCCUUAAAACCCAGGGGGUUGCCUGUCCUGCGCAUGAGUGGCGAUUCGCUCAGCUGGGAAGCUUCCAUGAUACACAGUAUCUGCUGUUUCUUCAGUCCUUUGUCUUUCUUUGUCAUUCAAUUCUAGGCCUUCCCUCUGCACGCUCAAUGCCCUAUAAACUAUCAGGAUUAACUAAC